CUUAGAAGCAUACACUAUUAGAAUGAUUGUUUACAUUGGAGAUAUUCAGUGGCGUUACAAUAAACAAUUCUGACCUCUCGAAAAAAUGAAAUAUCAAGACUUUGCAGUGAAAAAGAGGGAAAUGGAAUUAGAAAAUCUUUCUCAAUGGAAAAGAUAUUCCGAUUACCUAAAUUACUCAUCUGUGAGAACUGAAAAAGAAAAGCAGUGGUCGUCGAUCAAUGGCUCGGAAAAUAGCACACGUACACAUGCUGAUAAAAACAAGGUUCGUACACAGAGAAGCUUGGAAUCUAGGAAAAACAUGCUAAUUCAACUUCUGGAAAAUGAUGCUGAAAACGAAGCAAAUCUAUUAAAAGCAUUAGCUGAGAAUUCCAAGUCCAAAUCAGCUAUGUUGAUACGGUCAACUGCACUUAAAAAGGAACGUGAUUCAGAAAAGGCAAAGAUUGCUGAAAACCUUUUGAUCGAACAUUUUAGAAAAAACAAUUCAGAUGUUAGAGAUAUGCUGCGGGCAGCUGGCCAAAAUGAUAUUACAGAUCACUGGAAUAACCAGUUAAACGAGCGCAACAAAUUAAAACAAUCCGAAAAAGUUGAUCAAAUUUCAAUGGAAGAAAUGGAAUCCAAUGUUAAAAUGUAUGAAGAAAAACAAAAUAUCGAAAUGGAAUUAGAACGUUUACAAGCUAAAGAAAAACAUUUGGAACAAUUACAAAAACAAUUAGAUGAAUUGUACUGCCGAGAGAAUGAAGCAAAACAAUUGGCUGAAAAAGAGAAAGCUUUACUUAAAGAAUUAGCUAGAAUUGAUCAACUAGAACAAGAACGACGUAUUAUCGAACAAAAAUGUCAACGUGAACUUUAUGGACGUGCAUUAUUACGUCAACAUCAAGCAGCAUUACGAAGGCGUUCCAUAUCUGUACAAAAUGAAUUAAAAGCUGAUUUAGAUUGGUUACAUCAAUUGACUGAACAAGAAAAUAUUGAACAUGCCAAUGAUAUUGAAAAUAAACAAGAGAAAAAACAAAAUAUUUUAGCCAUACAAAAAUUAGUUGAAUCAGAAUUGCAAAAAGAAAAAUUCCGUGAAUUAGAAUUAAAUGAAUUAGAAGCUUAUGAAGCAUCCAAAUUAUGGGCUAAACGUGAAGAAGAAUGGCGAAAUGAAACAGCCGCUAGACAAAAACUUUUACAUGAGGUCAUUGAAGAUCGUCGUAAACAAAUCACUGAUCAAUUAAAUCGUAAUCAACAAUCUCAACGAGAAGAAUUAAUAACAAGUGAAGAAUUAUUGGAAAAAAUUGAAAAUGCCAAAUUAACUGAUCGACUAGAAGAAGAAACACGUCAUGAUCAAAAUAUGAAACAGUACAAUGAAUUAGCCAAUCAAUUAGCUGUUAAACAUCAAGUCAACCAAUGGAAUGAAGAUAAUGCCAAAGCUGAUUUAGAAGCACAACAUAAAGCUGAAUUAGCCUAUGAAGAAAUGUUAAGAAAAGAAGCGGAAAAUUUACAUUUAAAAGAGAAACAAUUGAGAAAUUUAAUGUUCUCCAGAUCAAAUAAUGGAUAUUCAAAAAAAUAGUCUAUAGACUAUUCAGUAUUUUUUAAAAUAAGCAUAAACAUAGACAACCAGACAACCUAUUAUAUGAACCUAUCCUUUCAUUUGAUCAAAUAUCCCGAUGGUUAUUGUGAAUAUAGAAAAUUUUAAUGUCAUUCAACAAAUGUCUCAUGUUAUUUUUGUUCAGUUUCUUGUUUUUUUUUUGUUUUUGUUUUCAUGAAUUAUCAUACCACGUUCAUUGAUUUCAUGAUUUCAAUUUGAACAGAAAUGUUCAACUUGAAAAAUUAACCGCCACCCAGUUGUAUGAUUUGACAGUGCAAAUUACUUUUUGCAGGUAGUUUUUGUUGUAUAUUGACUAAAGAAUAUACAUUAUUGUGUAUCAGCUGUUCAAUCUACAAAAUAUAUAUGAUCCUAUCAUA